AUAUGAUGGUGAAGCCAAGCUCCUUCAGAUGCUCCUUCCUACAGCCGAUCCGAGGAACAUGAAACUGAGAGGUGAAGGGGUCAUUGAUAUCCUUGAGUCUGGAAUUCCAGAAGUUGAUCCAAUAUCAUUUGUAGAAGAACACUAUGGAACAUCUACCGGAGGUACCAGCUCAAUAUCAAUGCAAGGCUCCAUCAACCAAGCCGAAGGAGCUGCAGCUGAUACACAUAAAGAUCAUGACCAAAGUGAGGCUAUCAGUGGUGAAGAUUUAGAGCAGAAUAGUGCAUCCUAUCGAUCCGUGUCUUCAAAUAUGGUUAAUGAGAUGGAAAAGCUCUGCCCAUUCCUGCAUGAUGUGGAUCUUGAAGCAACGGAUCAGAACGGUAUCCCUGAUGAUCAACCUGUAAAGGAGUCUCAAUCUGGAAAACAGUGCAUCCCUAAUAGUCCCCAGCUGCAGAAGCUCGAAUAUGAAGGAGAGGUAAAGCUGCGCCACUCACGAGAUGAUCCCAGGAAAAGAAAGCGAAGAAGUGUACGAGUCAUUGACAUGAACCAGUCUUCUCUCGAAAUCUCUACAUCACAAAUCACACAAAAGACUACCCAAACUGAUGAAGAUUCCACUAGGCCAGUGUCUUACAAAUCAUCUAUACAUGGAUUUAACAGAGAAUCAACGACAGUGGAAGAUCUUCGUCAGGUCAGUAGCCAGAAGGUAAAAGAGGAUGCCAGCUGUGAAGAUGUAGGGGAAAACGACGGAAAUGCGGACAGUAUCUCACUUACAUCUGUGACAUCAAAUCUGGUUGAGGAGAUGGAAAACUUGUACCCAUUCUUGCGUGAUGUGACACUUUUUUCGGCAGAUAUCGACAAUCUCUCUGUCAUCAUGGCAGAAUUUCGAAACGGGCGUUCUGAAAGACAGGGCACCCUUCCUAAUCCUGGACAAGAGAGGUAUAGCACAAACAGUUUGCUGGAAGGACCUUUGAGUUUUGAAGAAAUGUUCAGCCAGCCAUACUGUUGUCUGAGGAUGGUGUUACAAGAAAGGUUCCCUUUGGCAAAGCUUCGCUUGUUGGUCAUGUGUCUUCAAGCUUUGACUGAGUCGGUAAAAGAACAGGUGUCACGUAAAAUGGGUGUCGAUGAUUACCAAGUAGGCGGAGAUGACCUGGUACCAUGCCUUAUAUUCUUUCUCAUUAAGGGAGAUCCAGGACAGGUUACAGCCUUAUACCCACAGCUCAGGUUCCUUGAAGACUAUCUCCCGGACGCUGUCGCAGGUGGCAUAAUCGGUUUCAGCCUGACUCAAUUCCUAGUAGCAUUUUCUUCCAUUAUUCAGAUGGAUGGCGCCGAUACAAGUACAUAGGCAAUAUGUCUUUGUAAUAUAUUAUGUAGAAAAUCAUUUGGUUUUCUAACUAUGCAGGUGCAGAUGAAAUAAGAGCGCUAAAGAUAUGCAAAUCAUCAACUACAAAUGUCUUCAGUUUCGAUUAAUGCCAUGCUUGACUUACCCCUUUAUUCUUGUAACAUUAACAUUACCCAAUUAGAGAAUGAGUAAAAAUCUGUUUACUUUUGAGCCUGUGAUCAUGCCAAGCAUGCUUGCAUCACUGUUUAUUGUCUGUUUUACUAUCGAUUUCAAGUUGAAUAAUCGACAUUUUUGUUUAAAUAAUUUGCUUGAUAUACUAGUAGUAAUGUCUGCCAUUUUGUGAUAAUAUCUUCCAGCGGCUGGUUUCACCAAAAUUGUACCCUUCCUUUUCUGUACCCUUCCUUUUCUAUUAUUUGUUUGGUGUUUGAACAUGUUGGGCAUGGCCUCUUCUUUCAAUGGUGUUUAAACAUGUUGGGCAUGGCCUUUUCUUUCAAUUCAUUAACUCCCAUUUUUUUUGCUCGCUCUAGCCACACCUAUAAAAUAAUAAAUAAUGAUAAUAAUAAUUUGAUUGAUAUAGCGCUUUUUCCAGAGGAUACAAAGCGCUGUUGAUGGCAUAAGACAAGUUAAGGUUUAUGGUUAUAUAAGUGUGUUUUGAGAUGUUUUUGAAGAGGUCAAGAGAAGAGAGGUUUAGAAGAGAUGGAGGGAGUUUUGUUCCAAAGACGGGGGGCAAGAGAUUGAAAGGAGUUGAAAUCGGCUAUUUUUCUGGAUUUUGGAAUGACAUAGGAAGGAGCAGCUGCAUAACGCUGAGAGUAUGUAGAUCUUUGUUGCUGAAAUAAUGAAGAAAUGUAAGAAGGUAGUGUGGUUGACAGAGAUUUAUAGGUUUGAACAAGUAUUCGAUAUAUAAAUGUAUUCUAUCAGAAACAGGUAGCCAAUUCAGUUCAUUCAGAAGAGGGGUAGCAUGACACCAUUUUGGUUUUUGACAGAUUAAUCGUGCACAUUUUUUCUGAAGGCGUUGAAGUCUUCCAAGAUCUUGUUUACUAAUACCCCCAAGCAAGCAACCACCAUAGUCGAGCCUGGAAAGCACAAGUGCCCUAACAACAUUAUGACACGUGUCCUUAUCCAGGAAACUUCUAAUGCGAUUGAGAUUAUAUAUUUGCCGGUUGAGAGUACGACACAAGUAUGUUACAUGUUCGGUCAUUUUCAUUUCACUAUCAAAAACAACUCCUUAAUCAUUAAUGGUUGAAGAUAUUGGAAUAUCAUCAAUGUCAUC